AUGGAUGAGAAGGGUUUACAGAUUGGCAGGGGAAGGUCAACAAGUUGUUGCAAGCAUAUAUUCAGCCUCCUCCAAAAAGCGCAGUACAAGCUGAAGCAUGACAGCCUUGAAUUGAUGACCAUCAUUGAAUGUAUCUGUGUGGAUGGAUUUGAAAUGAAACCUACCUUUGUUCAUCAGCCUGGAGAUGUAGGUUUCUGGUGGGAGAACAAAGAAAUUAGCUGUUGUGUCCCAACUGAGGACAGAUGGACAUUGGAUGAUAUUUGUGAGGCCUGGUUCACCAAAGUGUUCCUCAAGACCACAGCUGAGAGGCAAGUAUCCAACAUGCCACUUGUGCUUCUUCUUGAUGGACACGGCUCCCAUAUUACCCCACAAGUUCUUGGGGCAGCCUACAAAAAUAACAUGUUCAUUAUCUGCCUUCCACCAAAAACAACUCACAAGCUUCAGCCACUUGAUGUUGGGGUGUUCAAUUUAGUCCAAGUGGUGUGGAAGCAACUCUGUGAAGACAGUACCAAGAUUGGCAAGCCUAUCACCAGAACCACUGCCAUCUCAAGGUAUAUGGAGGCUUGGAAGUCCAGGCUACACCCCACUGCCAUCAAAGACGCCUGGUGGCAAUCUGGUCAACACCCACUUGACCCAGGCAUUUUUGGGGACAAAGAUUACGCACCCAGCACCAUCUCAUCCACUUGUGUCCAUUUGCCCCCAUCAUUCCCACAGCUUGAUGUCCCUGUGCUUGACCAACCAAUUGGAAUUGUCAAACCCAACCCAGGCGCCUUAGACCAAGUGUACAACCCCCCACCAUUCAAGGUUCCCAAUGCUGCACAAAUGCAGGCACCCAAAGGUGCCAAUCCUGCUCCAGAAGCACUCCUUCAGGCCAAAAACCAAGGGCUUUGCCAGCAAGUCCAGGCCUGUACAAAGCCACAGAGGGCCCAAGACAAAGCAGCUGCAGCUUUGUUGGUGCAAAAGCAUGGGUUUUUGAUGAACCCAGAGACCAAAGCCAAGUUCCAAACGCAUCUGGCUGAGUUACAAGAGAAACAGGCAGCCAACAAACAAAAGGUGAUGGAAAAGGAGGUGCAAGCAAGGGAGCUUGAGGGUAAGCAUAGCUGGAUGAUUGCAGAUCCCAACUACGUGUUUGCUGGGACAAUCCAGAGUUACAAGGUUGCCAAUCUCAAGCAGAUUGGUGACCUUGCAGCAUUGCUUGCCCUCCUGUUUGUUGGCCUGAAAAAAGCCAAUAUUUUUAAUAAUAUAGCCAACCAUUUUGAGACUCACCCAGAGCUCAAAGCUCUCCCUCAAUAUUCUAAUCUCUUUUGCGUUACUUGCCCUUGUCAAACUGGCCCCACAGUCAAUCACAACCACAAAGCUAUUGACCAAGUGCCAGUGAUGGUGACCAAACCCACACUCCCACCUCAGCCAUAG